UUUUGCCACUGUUUAAAGGCUGCUGCGCUGCGUCACUGUGGACUUGUCGUUUUAGCCGUUUGGAUUAUAGUAAUUGUGUUCACUCUAAAUCUGUCGAAUGACCGACAGGAAAGCACAGGAUGUUGAUGGAUGUUUUUUAUCAGACGACCAUGGCAUGGGCAAUUCGCAUGAUGGAAAUCCGAACAAAAAUACAUCUUCUGUACCGCUUCAAGAUGGGACAGGAAAUAGCGGUGAAGUAAUCCUAGUACGCCAGAAUUCAACUGAGCGAGGUGGCUGGAAUGGGAAAUUGGAAUUCAUGAUGACAUGUAUUGGUUAUGCUGUCGGUUUGGGGAAUGUUUGGCGUUUUCCAUACUUGUGUUUUAAAAAUGGUGGAGGUGCAUUUUUAAUUCCAUAUACAUUAAUGUUAGCAUUACUUGGAUUACCAUUAUUUUUUUUGGAAUUCGCUUUCGGUCAAUUCGCUAGUUUAGGUCCAAUUUCGGUUUGGAAUAUCAGUCCAUUAUUCAAAGGUAUUGGUUACGCUAUGGUAUUUUUAUCAUGGUUAUUAAAUAUCUACUAUCAAGUUAUCGUUGCACAUUGUUUAUAUUAUUUUGGUGUUAGUUUUACGCAUACAUUACCUUGGACAGAAUGUAAUCCUCCCUGGAGUACACCUGAUUGUAUCGAUUCAAACAGAAUGAAUUACAGUAACAUCACAUAUCCUAAAACACCAUCAGAAGAUUAUUAUUUUAAUCAAGUUCUUAAAUUAUCUCCUGGUUUCGAAGAGUUCGGUGCACCAGGUUGGGAAUUGUCCUUAUGCCUUUUAUGUUGUUGGAUUUUGUGUGGACUAGCGGUUAUUAAAGGUGUCCAGUCUCUUGGCAAAGUUUCUUACUUUACAAGUGUAUUUCCAUAUAUCAUGUUAACAAUUCUUCUCAUACGAGGAGCACUUCUCCCAGGCUCAGGAGCAGGUGUACUUUAUUAUUUAACACCUGAUUUUUCACGAUUAACAGAUCCCCAAGUAUGGGCUGAUGCUGCUACACAGAUAUUUUUCUCUUUGGGCUGUUGCAACGGUGGUUUAAUAACUGUGUCCAGUUAUAAUAAAUUUAAGAAUAACUGUUGUAGAGAUGCUGUCAUUGUGGCAAUCAUCAAUUGUGCAACUUCUGUCUAUGCUGGUUUUGUAAUAUUUUCUAAUUUGGGUUUUAUGGCUUAUCAAAAAAAUACAACAAUUUCUGAAGUUGCAUCCAGCGGACCUGGACUUGCUUUCAUUGUAUAUCCUGAAGCAAUGACAAAUAUGCCACUUUCUAGUUUAUGGUCAGUUUUAUUCUUCACAAUGAUGUUAACACUUGGUUUCGGUUCACAGUUCUCUAUAUUGGAGACUACUCUUUCUGGUAUACAGGAUGAAUUCAGACGAUUAGGUGUUCAUCUAACUGAAAGACGUAAAAUUGCGUUCCGGAUAUCAGUAUGUUGUUUGAAUUUUUUCAUGGGAUUGCCAAUGGUUUGUGCUGGUGGAUAUUAUCUUGUAACAAUAUAUGACAGUGUAAUGAGUGGUUAUGCUCCAUUAAUUGUUGCACUAAGUGAAACGGUUGUCAUUACAUAUGUAUAUGGUUUAAGACAAUUUCGAUGCGAUAUUGAAUUGAUGAUAAAUGAACGACCUAAUUGGUAUUGGCGUAUUUGCUGGCUUGUAAUUACACCAACUAUUUGUCUUUUACUAAUUAUUUCUGUAUUAACAAAUCGGAUUGAAUUAAAAGAAAAGAAUUAUUCUUUCCCACCUUGGGCAUAUGUAUUAUACCAAUCACUAUCUGCUGGGACUGUAUUAUUAAUCGUUGGUUGGUUUAUUUAUAAAUACUGCAGUGAAGGUGGUUUUCUAUUAUUAAAAGAAUUCCUAAAACCUGUACAUGAGUGGGGACCAGCCGAUAAACAACAUCGCGCUGAAUUUAUAUCAAUGAUUAAAUCUAAUGAGUCGCGUAUUAAUGAAGCUGGUGGCAAUCUUUAUACAUCACCGAUUGGUGGACCAACUACCAUAGAAGGCAGUCAAUUACAAUUAGGUUAUGGAUUAAAUAGUUCACUUAAAAGUGGUCUAGCUGCUGCUGGUGUUAUAGAUGAUACUAAAUUCUUUCAAAGUAAAUUAAAUGUUGCUGAAAAACUUACACAUGCUCAUACAAAAGAAGUAGUGAAACGAGUCGUCAGCAAUGCAGAUAUUAAUCCAGCCAAUGCUGCUGCGUUAUUGUCAGCAAGUCAAACAGCAUUAGCUGCAGUUAACUCUGUUGCUCUACUUGGUUCACAACCGUUAUCUGGUUGUAUUACAGGUAAUAUAAACAUUGAUACAAGUGGAAUAAAAUUACCGGAACAGUUUUUCAUAUCUUCAGACUGUGAUGAAAUGAAUGAAUCAGUCAAAUCUACUGAUCAAUGAAAAAUAUAAAACACUACACUGAUUAUUCUUUCUUUUUUUGUUGAAAGUUUAUCCUAUCAUUAUACAAUACAUCAACGAUUGUGUCUGUACGUGUGUGUGUGUUGGUUUAUUUGUUUAUUAAAUCUGAUUUAUUUUUUUAAUGAAAUUGUAACAACAUAUAUUUAGUGUAUGGAAGUAAAUACACAAAACAAUCCACCCAUCCCACACACACACACAUGCAUACAUAAAUUAUUAGUUUUUCCAAAUAAAUCAGUUGAAAAAUAUCACUAUACACAGCUUUUUGUUGUUUUGUUUCUUAACACCAAUGCUAUUGGUUCAUUUUUGGCUCUUCGUUCUAUUAAUUUAUUCAUUAUUUACCAAUAAUAACAGUAAUAAUAAUAAUAAUCACAAUGGGUUAUAGUUGUGUUUGCAUGUUAUCAAUUGCUUCUAUCCUAAAUAAACACAUCUUAUACAACGUAUACAUGUAGUUAGUUAAUGUACAUGAUGAUAAUUCAGCAGUACAUUAAUUGUUUACUAUUUCAACAAUUGUUAAUAACAUUUAAUAAAAUUAUAUUUUAAUAUGACAAUCAUUAUUUGUAAUAAAUCAUACUCUUUAAUAUUCUGCAUUUUAUUAUUAUGAACAAAUAUUUGUUUCUGUUUUCUGUUUUUUUAUUAUUAUUAUUAUAAAUUAACCUCAAUUUCGAUAUUACGACUAUCCUAGUACUUACUACUGUAUUCAUUCUAAUAUUAUGUAUAUUAAAUAUGUUAGUAGAUGAAUAGU